AAAUUAAAAAAAAUCUCAGUACACGCGCGCCGUUCAUUUACAGCGGAUUAACUUGUGCGAAAUGUUGUUCUGUCUCAUUCUUUUGUUCAUUUUCAACGUGUGUGUGAGCGAGAAAAGUGAUCUCGGGUUUGGAUUGAACAUCGGGAAUGCUAUCGACGUAUUUGCAAACUACGGCGACCUCUCCCAAGUCACACAAGUGGUCUCAGGGGAGUACGAAGAAGAAGAAAAAGAGGAACCAAUAGUCCCGUUCAGUGAGAAGAAUAUUAGGGUUUUCGCCAAUGCUACCAGCACUGAGAACGAAUGGGAGAGCCUUUCAGCUAAUAUGGAUAUCUUGCUGUGUGAGAACUUCGAAGAUUUAUUGGAUAAGUACUUCAGUAACUUCGAGAUUGAAGGAACAGACAAACCAUGGAAAGCGUUCAUGGGCGACUGGAUCAUCGACGAAAUCAUGAGGACGUUGGGCAUCAUCUACGAUGGGAAACCAGACAACUGCUGUUACGUCCUCGUGCGGCUGACGAAGAAGCACAAGUCGGAGAAGUUGGAUGACCUUCAGGACGUCGUGGUGAAGGACUAUGUGAAGAGAGCGACCGAGAAUCUAAAUGUCAGUGACCCUAGCGAAGUGAGGCGGUUUAUGAAGAGCUACGGCACGCAUUAUAUUGACUCCUAUGUGACGGGCAAUUUUAUUUAUCAGGUGUUCAAGUACAAGCGUCCCUGGUACAACGCAUUUAAAGCUAAGAUCCGCAGCGGGCUACAGACCGGGUCCAGUAACCUUAGAUUCUACUUCUCAUCAUACUUCCUCACACAAGUCGGUGAUAUACGGAUAGCAAGCGGCAACAAAACAAUAGAAUCAUGGGCGAGGCAAAACCUUCGCGACAGCCAAUAUUUGUACUCCAGACCUAGCCUUCUCCGACUGCACUACAGCCCUAUGCUUGCCUACAAACUUAACCACUUACUCGACAACGGAGCGUUACUAGGGCUGGGCUUGAAGACCCUUAGACCCUUAUUCAAGGAUCGACGCAAGGGCGAUAUGUAUGCAGAGAUUGUUGAAAACGAUUUGCAGUUAUGGGAAGUUAAUGUAGCGUAACUUUUUUGUAAAUAAAUUGUAAGUUAUUGAAGCUCGCUAAAUAACACUUAUAAUAAAACAAACAGAAGACAGACUAAAACACAAUUUUAUUGCAAAAUUAUUGUGAAGUUAUAUGGUGUAGAUAAUAUAAAGAUAAGAUACAACAUAAGUUGAACAGUUCUGACUUUGAGGCAUGCAUUAUUUGUAAGCAUAUUAUUUAAAUAAGUGAAAAUAUUUUAGUACCAAAUUUAAUAGUUAUCUAUUGCAGAUAGUACAAAAUUUCGACCAAGUUGUACAUUUGUCUAUAAUUUUAUUACGAAUUUAAUUCGUUAUCUCUAAGAUAAUACAUAAGUUAUAUAAAAUACUUUAAAUAAAGUUAAGUUAGUUUUAAUAAAGAAGCAUUAUUGAUAUAAUAUUUCACUGGUCAGCAUAUACCACAUAAGAUGCUGUAAUCAGAAAAUGUAGUUGUUUUGUUUUAAAAUAUGGGUUUAAUCUUAAUGUUUCCCCCAGUAGUCGAGUGAAAACCCAACUUUUAUAUAGAGACUUUGACACUGGUUUUUUUGAAAAUAACCUAUUGGUUAUUUUAAAACUUGAUUGCUCAAAGAAAUUAAGAUUUAACCCUGCAUACCUACUGGCAUUUACUCAUUGACUACAACUCAUAUAUUUGUCACACAAUUAUACCAUAAUUAGUUGCCAUAUAAUGCUAUCCUAAAAAUACAUACAUACUUUAACCAAACAAACAUAUCACAAUUUAAUGCCUACUUAUAUUUAUUCAAUACAAAAUCUUCACGAACCCAUAUUAGCAUAUUAGCAAAUACUAAUAUAGGUCUAUACAAUCAUUACAUACUCAUACUAAAUUUGCUCAGUUAUUGAAAUAUACACAAUGUCGACAUGUAUUUUUAUUUAAAUACACACUUUAAAUCUUUAUUACAAUACAAAUUCAUUCUGUUAUAAAUACGUAUUUAGUUUCAAAUGUGCAAAGAUGUUUUUAUUAUUGACUAGCUGCACGCUGCGGUGUCACCCGCGUAUUAAAAUUACCUUACAAAUUUAUGCAUAAUCUACUUAAUAAAGCCAAAAUAAAUUUUAUAAGAAUUUGCCCAGAAUUUGAAGAAGUAACAAACAUACUCACAAACUUAUCCUUUAAUAUUAGUGAGAUGGAGUUUUUAAAGUGUAUUCUUUAAUAAAAAUACAAAUCAUGGUUCCUUUUGUUUUCUAGUACCUACCUAAAAAAAAAAAAAUAAUUUUAUUAAAACAUUAAAUAGCAUAUAUGUAAAAAUAAAAUACUUAGUAAUAUGUUUUAAAGAUAUGUGAGUUUUUGUGAAUUAUUUAUUUUAUUUUCAAUGUUAGUUAUAAUUUUUAUGAAAUCAGUGUUCGUAUUUUUAAUUUUAACAUUUAUUUGUUAUUGAUUUAAAAAAAUCACAAGACAAGUAUUAUUUCAAAUAUUUAGAACCAUGUAAUCAUGUCUGGAUUAACCACAUAUCUAACUACUGAGCUUCCUUCCUCAAAUCACAGAUAUUUUAUCAACACUUUAAGCACCAACGCCAUUUGAAACCAUUUACAUACUUGAUUCUUUUAAAUUACAUAAACACAAUAUAAUUUUUACAAACAUUGAAAAUUGUUCCAACAUUCAGAGGGACCCUUUUUUCUACAAAAAUUAAAAAAUAGUUCGGAUAUUCAGACCAACUAUCAUUUUAUGAAAUUUUGCAUCUGAUAAAAUUAGCGCGGAUUUCUAGACGACAAACAAGGAACGGGACAGAGUGUGCACGUAUAGUAUACUUAUGUGUAUAGUAUAGUAGUGCACUUGUAGACCAUUUUUUAUCACAACAUUAACGGUACUAACGUGGCGGUCCAUUGGUAAAGAUAAGUUAGGUAGGUUAGAUUAGGAGCCUGUGAUCGAAAGGUUCUUGGUUCAAAACCAUGAGUUUGUAUACCAAUUUGAUUCACAUGUAUAGUACUUUCUUCCGUUGAAGUAAAAGAAUGGACAGAUUUCUAUCCUUCACUAUUCUGGAACUAUCAUUACUUCACUUUCACAACACUAGAAUUAUCUUCACUUCACUUCACUGUAUCACUGUGUCCCUAUGCGGCACCUGCAGAGGGCAGUACUGGGGUCAUUGCAGCUCGUAGGUGCUGGACACCUGGGUGCUGGCGAACUGGUUGCGCGACACCCGCUUGCCGUUCACCAGCAUCAGCAGAGGGUUGUUCAGGCGGAUAGAUUUGAAUGAGUAUUGCUGAAAAGAUAGAUUGUUUAGGUUGGAGAAAAACAUUCCAAAAAUAGUUUUAUUAUUAUUUUUCAAAGUAAGACAUUGCAUGUGUUACAUUUAACAUUUAUUCUUUAUUGUGAAUUUGCUUAAUAUUAAAAACUAAAAAAAAAAUGAAUUGAGAUCCUGGUCCCAAGUUUGGUAUUAUAACUCAUUCACUCGCUCAUUUAUUCAGUCGUUCAUUCACCAUUCACUCACUCGUUCACUCGCACACUCAUUCACUCACUCACUCGUUGACUUAUUUAUACUUACCAGUGUGGGUGAGUCAUGCUGGUGUACAGUGAGAAGCGGCUCGGGCACGCAGACGCAGUCGCCGAUGAUGGCGCCGCGGCCGUGCGCCCAGUUGUACACGGUCACGCACACGCACUCCAUACUGGAAUCCACUAUCGCGAACGUGCUGGUAUGUUAUAAAUGAAAUAAUAUGUCAAUUAUAGGCAUUAAGUACUACUGGAAUGAAAAGGCCAUAAGUAGAAUUAAUUAUGUAUGCGUAAACUUACAAAGGCACAGAGUUCUCAUUAUGUAUGGAGCCUACGACCUUUCCAAGUAUAACUUUGCAUUCAUUGGCGCCAUUUUGUAGCUGAUCCAGCCGCGCGUAGUCCAGAGACACGUCUUUGCGGGCGCCGAAUGUAUGGAAUGUCCCUGAUGCGUACGCGCCGAGCAUCUUUUUGUCUAUGCUCUGAAAAAUUCGACCAUCGAAUUGAAAAAAAAAAGAAAGUAUUUAAUGGUGGAUUUAUUAAGGAUAAUUUUUAGAUUUUAUCCUUUAUCUAUUUGUAUCAUCUAUUUGUAAUUUUUUUUAUUUAAAGUCAGACAGACAGACAAACACAGUGAUCCAAUAAGGAUUGCGUUAUUACCUUGUGAGGCACGAACCCUAAAAGUGAGAUGUCCUAUCUGUAAUUCAUAUCCAUACUAGCAUUGUAAUGAGUUAUUGUAAAUGUUUGUAUUUAUUUUUUGUAAUGAAUAAACUCUUCGCAGAGGUAGACGAAACUUUUAAGAGUGACAUAGGCUACUUUUUAUUAUGUUUUUACCCGAGCGAAUUCGGGGCGGGCCACUAGUCCUUUAUAUUUGUUAGGUUAGAAUUUGUCAAGAUCAUUUUUUAUUUUUCUAAUAAAUAAGAGAUUGAUAAAAAUGUGAUGGCGGCUCUAGUGUGUGUGUGAUAAGGCCUUAAUUAAUUAUAUAAAAGAAUUGUCUACAUACCUGCACCAUUUGAGUUAGUUUCUUCGUCUUGAUCUUUCCCUUAGUCCGGACGAGGUCGUUGGCCGCAAUCAAGUACUGGGUCAGCUUCGACAGUUCUUGUUUGGGAGUCUCCCACGGCGGGUCCAAUCGACACGCGUACUCGAAAUUCUCUAGCGCUUCAGCGUAUUGUUCUUCGUAUUUUAAUGCCUGGAAUAUAUUUAUUUUGGACUUUGUUUAGAGUUUUCAAUUUUACUGGACUAAGAAAAUUAUGGUGAAUUGGGAGGCACCGACAGAUGGCUGAAUAUAUUAUAGCUAAAAGACAAUUAAUUAAUUUAUUUAUAAAUUAUUAAUUGAUUUGGCUUUAAAGCGGCUUGGAAAGACUUGGGGAGACCUUUGCCCAGCAGUGGGACGAAACAGGUUAAAAAAAAGACUAACAAAUUUAUUUUUUCUGUUGACGAAGCUUGUAUGCAUGCGGAUAUAAAUUACGUGAAGUUAUCGUGUGGAAGUAUGUUGCUGAUAAUCAAUUUUUGUUAUGAAAUAAAUAAAACAUCCUGCACGGUACAAGUUGCCGUUGUUAAUUUUUUCUAUUUUGUUAUGCAAUAAAGUGAUUUCAAAGUUCAAACAAACAAUUAAAUUAUAUCAAAGAGAAACUCACCACUCCCUUGUUGUAAUACAAGUCGGGUUGGCCCUUAGCCACGGGGUCGAGCCAGGCCUGCUUGUAGGCGCUCAUGCACAACUUCAGCGUGGCGGGCUCCUGCGCCACGAGGAAGAACUGGCACAGGUAUGCGUUGCCCAACACCGACCACGACACACCAUCUUUGAUGUCCUACAUACCAACAGUUUAUCCAUAACUAGCUGUUCCAUGUUAUACAAAUUUUUCCACCAUUACGUUACAAUUGGGUUUUUAACUAUAGGUAUAAUAAAUUUUCAAUGACAUGUUUUCACAUUUAUAUAAUUAAAGUGAUCACUUCCCACCAGGAGGUCCGCACGCCUGUUUGCUUGCUUGGUAGUUAGCUAAAUAUCUAUUUUUUAUUUUAAUUGUAGGCAUACAGGUUUCCUCACAAUGUCUAAUAAUUUGACAAUGAUGAAGGCAUAUUUGCACUGAAAUCUUAUCCACACUGUCAUCGAACAGUUCGCCAAACUGUGGUGGAUUCGGUAUACAUUGGUGGUUUUUCAUUGCAGUAAAUAAAAGCAUUCAUACAAAUUACGCAAUGUUCACGCAUUCGUGUCGGCAAGUGACAUUGUAAAUAAUAGAGCAAAAAUGUGUUACCAGUGCAACUGCUUCCUUGGCAAACUCCACACUUUUGAGGAUAGCUUGCGAGGCUUCACUGCGCUUUUGAUCACCGUUUUCUUGUCGAAGUAUUAUUGACAGACAGCGAAGUGAUAGACGAUUUCUUUCCUAACAAAUAUAGAAUAAAUUAUUGUCAAAAGAUUUUAUUUGAAUAAAAAUUUUAGUUAUC